CGCUGCGUGUUCGGUGUAGAUGGAGCGUGUCACUCCUCGCAAACAUUGCACACUGCAGCAGGACGCGGCGCCUACGGGUGCCACGUCCUCUUCCCGUUGGACAACGGCACGGCUGCUGCUCACCUUCGGCGUCGUAGCGGUGCUCGUCAUCCUCUACGCGAGUCCACGGGAGAUGCGCAUCGCGAUCGGAAGUGGUGCGUCCCGGGACUCCGUGCGACAGAGGGGCAAGGCAUCGUGCCACAAGAACAUCAGCAUAAGGAGCUACGGCAAUGCCAGCGCAUUCAAGUUUCCGGUCCGAGUGCUGGGACGGGUUCGACACGAGUCGAGAGCCAAUGCCACCAUCGACUUGGACUACUCCGACCAAAGCGUGCACGUGCUGCUCAUUUUCACACAUGCUUGUGAAUCGAGUAACAUGCGCAAGAAGCUGUCGAACUGUCUUGGCUCGCUGAUGGCCCUUAGCAGCGUCCCGCUUCGACUCUACAUCGUCACGGACGGCCCCAGCGCCGAUAUAGCCCGGCAGGUACUCGUGGACGCUUCCGCCAACGCCUCUUCGGAUGUACUGGCAGAGCUUCUGCACGUGGAUGACAUGCUGGCUCCACUCGCGGACCUGACGUCCUUCUUACAGCCCCUAUUCAGCCCCGACGGCGGUUACUACGGCAAGAAGCUCUUCCUCAUGUCUACAGGCAUACAUCGGCUGUUUCCUGUGGCGGUCCGUCACCUCAUCCUUCUAGACAUUGAUCUCCAGCUGCGCUCAGACAUUGCCCUCCUGUAUCGCCACUUUGCCCUGUUUCCUACGGGCACCAUCAUGGGGAUGGCAUACGACCUUCAGCCCGGCUAUCGUCACGUUCUGCAAAAAUACCGGCGGAAGCAUCCGGGUACCACGUGCGGCGAGCCACCGCCACGUGGAAACCCAGGGAUGAACAGUGGCGUAGUGCUCGUUGAUCUUGAGGCAGUUAGGAACUCGGCUAUCUACAAGAAUUUCCUCCGUGCCAAGGUAGUGAAUUUUCUGGUCAAGAAAUACAGCUUUCGUAACAACCUCGGAGACCAGGACUUCUACUCACUCAUUUGCUGGGAACGCCCCGAGCUGUUCUACGUGCUUCCGUGCACGUGGAAUCGACAGCUGUGCAAGUAUUGGCGGUAUCGCGGCUACGCAGACGUUUUCGAUGAGUACUACAGGUGCAACGGGACUGUUCACAUUUAUCACGGGAACUGCAAUUCUGCCAUACCGUCGAUGAAGUGACAGUGUAACGUCCCGCACUGUUGUUGGCAUGUACAAAGUUUGCGGAUGUUCGAAAUACAACACGCACUUGCAGCUUACUAGUUCAGUAUUAAAUUAUGCUCUUCUAAUUGAUCACCGUAAAUCUGUUUUCUUGCAUUUGUUUCUACAUUAUGUCAUAAAAUUAGCAGAUGAGAUCAAAGUUUUAUUUAUUUUUUUA